UGCUUCGCAUCUCUAUUCCAAUAUGGCGGUCGAAAAUUUCCGAGAGUGUUGUGUUUUGUUUCCACGCCGUAGCGGUUGGAAGUGUUUUUGAGCGGGUUAUUCGAUGCUAAAGUUAACGAAUUUUGUGUGAAAAGUUAGUUGAAGUGUUGGACAACAAACUGUACUAACAGUUGAAAAGUUUAUGUUAGAAACUGUUACUGAAAACACGUUUUACCGCAAACGCGUCUGUUUUUGCUGUGCGUUGCUUAUAGAAGAAGAAGCUUGGCAUAAUUUUCUCAUGCAAAAUUUCAUUUGGUUGAAGCUGGUGGGAAUAUCCGCUGAUAAACGUGCCGUUGAGUAUUAAGGAAUGGACUGUUACAAUAUGAUGAACAAUUCGUAUGGCAAUAUCGUAUACAGUGUUCAAACAGGUGAAAUUACGGAACAGCAGCACCCCAAUCAGGAGCAUUACGUUCACGAUCCCAACCAUAUCUACGAGGAAGGUACAACCCAGCUUUCAGUUGAGGCAUUGAAAGAAAAUCAUUUUGAAGAGCAAGGCAGUAUUGCACAAGAAAACGAAGAUCUUGAGUCAGAAGCAUAUCAGGAACAAGUGCAGGAAGUAAAUCCGAUCGAAAUGGAUCAACUAGACACCGAUAAAAAUCACGAUGAAGGAGUGGAAGAGCUUAAGGAAAACCAUCAAUCGGAGGAGGUGCCCUCUGCAGCAGAUGAUGCGAAUGAAACCCCGGCAAACGAUGAAUCUAAGGCAGAAGAAGAGGAAGAGGAGAUGAAAGAGGAGCGAUUAGAAGAAGAUAACGAAGCCGAGGCAGAUAACGAUCAGCAGGAAGAAAAUUCUACCAAAAAUAAGAAAGAAGAUAAAGUUAAAGAAGAAGAAAAAGAUAAACCAAAAGUUCGUCGUAAAGACGGCGAACCAGCAGAUUUAGAGAUUUGCCGGGUAUGUACUUCCAAGGAAGAGUUAUCCAACAUAUUUGAUUUCGAAUCUUCAAUUAGAAUUUGUGACAUAAUUAUGAAAAUUUGUCCGACUGUGCGGAUAACAGAGAGAGAUCAUUUACCGCAUAAAAUAUGUCAGAAAUGUGUUGAAAAAGUAAGGAUUGCUUCUGAGUUUAAAACCACUUGCGAAAACACCGAUAAAGAACUUCGAAAAACGUUGAAACGCGCUUACAAUAAAAGCAGGAGAACUACGGAUUUCGUAAUUGUAAACUGCCCCAUGUCCGACGACGAAGAUAAUGACGAUGAGCCGCAGGAUGAUGAUGAAUACAAAGUUUCGCAAUCGGAGGUAGAGUCGGAACCAGUCACAUCUGAUGACAGCUUCGAGCCAGCAAACAAAAAGAGAAGAACACCAAAACGACGAGGCCGUAAGCCAAAAUCAGAAUCUUCAACUCCGGCUCCAACUGGCGUCAAACGAAAACGAGGUCGACAGCCAGGUUUUAAACUAUCAAUUUCUCCCUCUGCCUCGGCAGUAACUCCCCGUCGCGGUCCGGGUCGUCCACCAAAAUCGGCCUCUAAAACGAAAUCACCAGGACUAGCUAAUGUCGUGUACAUUGAAGCACCGGAUGCAAGUUCAUCGGAUAGUGAUGACGAUAAACCAAUAAGACAACGCAAGACUCAUGAUUGUACUAAGUGCGAUGAAACCUUCGCAACUGGUGUCGAAUUGAAGGAGCAUCUUCAGACCCACAAAGGAGACUUGUUCCCUUGUACCAAGUGUGAGAAAACUUUCAAAUCUAAGGUAUACCUGUCCAACCACCUGGAACGUCACGAUCAGGACGAUAAAAAACGGGCGGAGAAGAUGAAAGCCAAGGAGCUGAAAAAGCAACAACAGCGACAAAAAGAUGUUCAGAAACGUCGUGAAUAUGAUUCCAAAAAACCGAAAUUGCCAUCAUCCUCAGGUAGUGCGGAAAAGAAAAAGAAACUGGAGCAACCAUCGCCGGCCAACAGCGGGAGAGAUCUGUUCAAAUGCGUGGCGCCGCUCACUUCCACCUACUGGAGCGACAGUUUCUCGGAUUAAGACGACAGGAUGGUCGAACCGGUACGACUCCUUCGUUGAUGUGCACUGUAUAUUUGGGCAGCGACUGGCGCUAGGUUAAUGGAUGUGCACGUGGACUAGAUGUUACUUUUAUGGAGAGUGCCAUUUUGAUCGUCUACAAAGAACAGCGCAAGUUUUUUUUACUUUUCCAAAAGAAAGUGAUAUUCGCUAGACGAAAACAUUGAAAUGGAUUGGAUGAUUUGCCCCUCUGUGCGUGGCACUGCUUUAGUUUGUAAAUAGUGCUAUUUUUUCGAAACAAAACAUUUAAAAAAUAUCUUCAAUAAGGUACUUUCAACUGAAAUUAGUCCGUAAGAAUGUGCAAGGAAAGCGUAAAAUUCAAAAUAAGGACUUUGAUUCGUGCGUGAAAAUAAAUGAAAAAUAACAAUCACAUGUGUUAGGAUAAGACCAAGAUAUUCAUUCUUUCUCAGACGUUCGAACUGAUUUUAUUUCAACACGAUUGUCAGGCGUUGGAUUGGAAAAUACCCCUAGACAUUCUCAGAUUAUUUCAGACUACUAACCCCUAACAGAUAAGCAGGUAGUGCACAACUCAGAUGAUAGCUUGAAUCGUGGUACCGGUAAUACCACACUGUCGUUUUCCUUUAUCUUUAUUGAUUUGAAUGUAGGAUGAUCUGAAAAUCCAAGAUUUUAUAGUGCAAUGUCCAGUAGAGGUGCAGAUAAAAACAACUCACAUACAUUGCGGAACAUCCACGGACUAACAUAGUUUUAAAGUGAACUAUAAGCAUCUAAAUAUUAACUGUAAACGGUCGAAUUCAUCUUAUAGGCCGAAUUCAUUAAAUAAAUCUGAUGAAUAGUGAAA